GUCACCUCCUUUCCCUUCCUCACUCUUGUUCUCUUUGGGGCUCUUUGCGGAUUUUCUCGGGGCAUUCGUGUAACUCUUGGGCUUGGCAAAAGGCAGGAAGAUUCUGGUUCCAUUUACAGGGCACUUCCCAGGGGUUCGGUGCAGCAUCGUCCGUCAUCUUCGGGGUCUGGGAGGGGUUGCACACCACAGCUGCUCCAUCGUCACGCUCAACACCAUCUACCAAUCUAAAUCAAGGGACUCCUUUGCUCUGUCAUCUGCAUACCACCGAAAAACAGAACAGUAUACACGACCUUUUCCUUGCCGCCUCCGCCGCAACUGCGCCCUCCCUCCCACCCUGUACUAGAGUAGGUCCGGUUGCCACCUGCUCCUGACCAACACAAAAGCCUUUCGUUCGGUGCUUUUGUCUCGCCAAAGUAGCGAAGGCAGCAGUGAAGGUUUCUUUCCGCCUGGUCCUGUUCGAGUAUCUAUUCGCUGGCGAUGGAGGCAGCAGCAGAAAAAGAUCAGCCAGGGUUAAGCUCCGCUUCCGGCGACGCUGUUCCCACCCUCUCGGGAAAUGCAGCGUCAAGCACUGGCGCAGCCGAUCCAAUCACUGGCCAUCGCACGACACUGUCCACGAACUCUAGCAACAGCACCAACUUCGCAAUAGCACCGGCGCAGACGCCACGUACUACGAGCAGCGGAAGCGGCUUAGACGGAAGGGAGAGCGCUGGCGGAGUUGCCAGCCCCCGGGGUAGCAGCGGUGGCAGCGGCAGCGGCGCUGGUGUGGGGGUCGCGAGCUUGGGCAGUGCAGGAAGCUUGCCGCACCCUUCGCUGCUGGUCUCAAGCGGCUCACAGUAUAGCUCAGGGGACCGAGGCACUAGGAUGCUAGGGCCUCACGCUCAUUCCUCGCCUUUUGGUGCCCCCUUCUCCAACGCCCCAAGCCCUCUGCCGCACCCGUCCACGCUACAGGCCAAUUACGGCAGUGCUGGCAGCAGCAACCCGGCGCUGUUUGGCCGAGCGGCAAGCAUCGCUUUGCCGUCCGUAUACGGCCUUAGCUCGUUUGCUACCUCGCCCGGUGGUGCGAGCCUCGUACCCUCGAAUGCGGCGGCGAUGCUGAGCGGGAACCGCGCUUCGUUCUCAGGCGUUCCAUCCGCCAACGAAGCUGCCGUUGCCGCUGCGUACCUCCUAGCCACUUCGACACCGAGUCGCUGUGCGACGAGCGCUGACCCCCUGUGCGGCCGCAGGGGUGGCUUCGAGGGCGCCGGCGUCCCCGUCUCAUCAGCAACCAGCGGCCCACUCUCCGCGUCCGAUCCCCGCACGCAGCUGUUUGUCGGCAAUCUGCCGUACCGCGUGCGCUGGCAGGACCUCAAGGACCUCUUCCGCCGCUCCGGCACCGUCCUGCGCGCCGAUGUGGCGCUGACGCCUGACAACCGCUCCAAAGGCCAUGGCACAGUAUUGCUCGCGACCGAGGAGGAUGCGCGACGCGCGGUCGAGAUGUUCAACGGCUUUACCUGGCAGGGACGCGUGCUCGAGGUGCGCAUUGACCGCAGCGGGACCUUACUUGGCGGCGUCUAUGCUGCCGGGCCCGGCGGAAAUGCAGCUACGGGGCAGUUCUUGGGCCUUCCCCAUGAGGUUGUCACCAGUCGACCCUGCGGUGUUGCAAGUGUGGGCGAAGAUAAUGCCUCGUUGCUCGCUGCGCAGCAGCCGGGAUAUUCCUUCAGCUCCUCAACAUUCCAGCAGCAGCAGCGAUCGCUCGGUGGAGACCUGCUCUCUACUGCAUCCUCGAGCAUGCAGCAUUUGCAGCGGUCGACAAGCGGCACACCGCUUCCGCACCAUCAGGCUAGUGGUGGCAGCUCCGCCGCUGGAAUGAGCCCCGCAUUAAUCCCCUUCUUCGCUGCAUCGGCUAGUGGUGCCUCGCCCGACCACCAGGGCGGGGUUCACGGUGUGUUGCCAUACUCGGACGUGCAUAUACUUGGCGUUGCUGGCACUCGAGGCGGCGGCGGAUCGCCCUACCUCGCCAAUGCCCUGCCGGCGGGGAACGGCUCGAUGGAUGGCGCCUCGACGGCGACUUCUAGUGCAGCCGCUGCUGGCGGACAAGGGGGCUUGCACCAGCCGACAUCGUACUACGGCCGCGUGCUAUUCGUCGGCAACUUACCCUUCCAGUGCCAGUGGCAAGACUUGAAGGACCUCUUCCGCGCCGCGGGCGAUAUUCAGCGCGCCGACGUGGCAGUCGGCCCCGAAGGCCGCAGUCGCGGGUUCGGCACAGUCCUCUUCGCCACUGCUGAAGAUGCGCAGAAUGCCGUGCGUAUCUACCACGGCUACGAGUACAACGGACGCACAUUGAAAGUGCACUUUGACCGCUUUGCGCAAAAUGUCGUCCCGCCACCCGGCUCGUUGCCUGCGACGCCGUCGCAGUACACGGGCGCAUUCAGCGCCGCGCAGGCGUCGAGCAAUGUCGCAGCUCCUACCGUCGCCGGCAUCGCGCUGCCCAACGCUGCAGCGGCGGGCGGUGCAUCACCUUACAUGAUGAUGCGUCUCGGCCAGCACUCGCAGCAGCCGCAUCAGCACGUUCACCCGCAGUACCAGCAAUACCCAUCGCAGCAGUCAUACUUGCGACAGGGCUAUACAGCUCAGCAGCAAUACAUGGAUACGAUAGCUCGCAACAACUUGUUGCUCUCCGCUGCGGCAAGUCAGGGUAGCUCGCACGCAUACAACGCGUACAAUGGCCCCAGCUGGGGUCAGCUGCCAGGCGGUAGCAGCGGCGAGAACGCUUUGAGUGGCCCAGCUGAGGUACCUGCAUCCUUCAAUGGCGCAGCGUACGACGGCGACCUGCUCAGGUCCUCGGCUAUCGGUACGGGCUCGAACGAGAGCGUGAGCGCGGGUGCUAGUGCAAGUGCGAGCGUAGUUUCUAGCACUGGCGCUGGAGAAGUACGUCAGGCGAGCCACCCGGCCCACCCGGGGCGCAUCGAUCUGCCUCCGCUAGGGUUUCACCCUUCGGCGUCGUUUUCCGCAUUUUCACCCGGUGUGACGAUGACGAUGCUGGGCAUUCCCAUGACGCCAGGCAUGCCUGGCUUCACGUUUGAGAACAUCCCUCAGACGCCGCCAACACGCUUUGGUGCACCGCUGCCGUUGCUGUCUCCCGGGGUGGGCGCGUUCAGCCCGCCCGUCGGCGGCGUAGCGCACCUCAUCCCCGGUGGGCCCGUCACGCCUGGGGGGCAGCCGUUGAAACCGUACAUGAAUCCGGCGCCUGGUGCUCCUGUCCAUAUGCAACACUCGCAUGCACACCAACAUCAACAUCCGGGGACGCCGAGCGCGCAUCUGGCGUUCUACAUGCCGACGCCGCACGGAGAAAUGCCGCCGACGCCGCACUGGUCUCGCCCUCCACCGCCGCCGCCACACCAGCAGCAACUCCAGCGUCAACGCCAGGAGCAGCAGUCGAAGGAGAAGGAGCAGGAGCAGCAAGAACAGAAGCAGCAGUUGCAGGUGCAAGAUAAGGAGCAAGUGGCGCAGGCAGACGGAGAAGAGCAAGAUGUUGCGGCUGAUGCGCCGGGCGCCGUUGAUUGGGGGAACGCUGGAGCGACACCAGCUGGCGGUGACGGCUCGGUCUUGGUGACGGACUCGAGCACGGCAGGCAGUGUGACGGAAGCGGCGGCGGCGGCCUCGCAGCCGGCAUAUGAAGGCUACCCAUUCCCUGUCGUGCCGCUUUCGGCCGGGAUACACAAGGACGCGACCCCUUCAGCCCUGGCGCAGCGCCGUACUUCCACCAACUCGCUCACCGUUUCGGUGAUGAUCGACGGCCUCACUCAACGCUCGGAUGCACUGCCGGGCAAAAGUAGCACCAGCGAGGGCAAUGGCGGCAGCGGCAGUACUGGUGCGAAUGCACUCCUUGGAUCCAAAGGACUAGGGCGAUUGGCUGGCAUCCACGCUAGCAAUAGCGCUGACGAGAGGCGGUCUUUGCUUUCGUCGGACAUUCUCCUGGGCGGCAGCGGCAGCGUCGAAGGCGUUGCGCCGCCGUCACCGGCAACGACGAAGGAGCUGACGAAGAAGAUUGCGCAGAUGAGCGUCAUGGGGGUUGCCCUCGCGAAAAUGGAUGGCAGCGCUGCUGCUGCGGGGCUGAUUCCCCGUAGGAGCAUCAACGGGGCUGGUGGUGCUGCACUGCAUGUGCAGAGGAACGACCGUGGCAGCGACGGCGGUGGUGCCGGUGGUUGUGACAGUGCAUGAAGCCAAUCAGUGCUCAAUGGGCCAGGGCAAAGGCAAGCACAGACUGACAAGGGGAGCGCUUUCUCUAUGGACAUUUUCAGAAUGCAAGUGCAGUGGCAAAAGGGGGCCAAACGCAUAGCGGGUGCAAGUUUGGCUUUACGGAUCAUCCAUCAUCAUCAUCAUCAUCACAUUUAUCAUCUUUUACAAUGGUAAUCCUGCUCAUCAUUCUCUCUCAAGCAUAUGCAUCUCAUCAGUUUCUCGAAUGCAUACACCUUGCACGGCCCGUAGCGAAGCUCGCGUUUGCAUGUGCGUACUUGCCUUUGCGUUUGGUAUGUCCAUGCUAUCGCCGUCUGCCAGGCGGAUCGGC